GAGUCACGUGGCGGGACUCUGCGGGACGGAAAAACAAUGAUACGGAUGCCUCGGCUUUUUUUGCAGCGGCGUCCAGCGUUCACGAGGCAUCGAUGAUAUAAUGCGCCAGCCCGGCUAAGACGAGAUCCGACACAUACAAGAAGGAAUCUCCGAGCACCGUAUUCCUCUUUCCUCUUUCUUUUCGCAUCGUCUUUGCUCCUAUCCUUUGCAUCUAUCCAUCCUGCACCGUUUCGCGUUUUUUAUAUAUCCAGCAUGUCUCAAGCUCAACAACGCCUUACCCAGGUGUCUUCACACCUCUCUGGCUCGAGAUCGAGCAGUAUCACCGAUAAGCACCCAGAUGAUAUUGUCGUAACUGCCGCGCUCCGAACCCCCAUCACCAAGGGUGGCAAGGGUGGAUUCAAAGACACUGCUGCUGCCGACUUGCUUGCUGGUGCUUUCAAGGGCCUCAUCAGCCGCAGCGGAAUCGAUCCCAGCCUCGUUGAAGAUAUUGCCGUCGGCUCCGUUCUUCCUCCAGGAGGUGGUGCCACCGAGUUCCGUGCUGCCGCCCUUGUUGCUGGCUUCCCAGAGACUGCCGCUGUGCGGAGCUUGAACAGACAAUGCUCCAGUGGCCUGCAAGCCGUUGUCGACAUUGCCAAUGCGAUUAAGGCAGGUGUGAUUGAUGUCGGUGUCGGUGCCGGCGUCGAGAGCAUGAGUCUUCAAUAUGGUCCCGGUGCCGUCACCGAAUUCUCCGAGCUUCUAGAAAACCACAUGGAGGCUGCAAACUGCAAAGUGCCCAUGGGUGUCCUCUCCGAACAGAUGGCCAAAGACCGCAACGUUACUCGUGUUGAGCAAGACGCCUUUGCUGCCUCCUCAUACCAAAAGGCCCUCGCAGCCCAGAAAGCCGGUCUCUUCGACGAGGAAAUCCUCCCUCUUGAGGUCAAGUGGACCGACCCCAAGACUGAUGAGGAGAAGACGAUCACCGUCAAGGCCGACGACGGUGUCCGACCUGGCAUCACUGCCGAGUCGCUUGGCAAGAUCAAGCCUGCUUUCGCCAAAGACGGUAGUAUUCAUGCGGGUAACGCCUCUCAAGUUUCCGACGGAGCCGCCGCUGUUCUUCUCAUGAAGCGUUCCACUGCCGAAAAGCUUGGCCAGAAGAUCAUUGGUAAAUAUGUCACAGCCAGCGUUGUCGGUGUCAAGCCUCUGCUCAUGGGCAUUGGACCCUGGAAGGCCAUCCCUGUUGCUCUUGAAAAGGCAGGUCUGUCUAAGGAUGAUGUUGACAUCUAUGAAAUCAACGAGGCCUUCGCAUCUCAAUGUGUUUGGUGUGUUAAGGAACUCGGUCUCCCUCUGGAGAAGGUCAACCCCAAGGGCGGUGCCAUUGCCUUUGGACAUCCUCUUGGAUGCACUGGUGCCCGUCAAGUCAGCACUCUGUUCACUGAACUCAAGCGCACAAACAAAAAGAUUGGUGUGACCAGUAUGUGUGUCGGAACUGGUAUGGGCAUGGCUGCCGUUUGGGUUGCAGAGUAAAGAUAUCCUCGCUUUCUGUUCACCAAAAUUAAGAGCUUUUCGGACGAUGUUCCCCAUUUAUGACCUUGAUAUCUUCUAUAUCUCCGUUAUUUCGUGAUGUGUAUAGUAUUUUAUAUUAUUUCGAGCCUACGUUAGCUCAGUAGGCAUGAUAUCAACGAUACCAAUUGAUCUCUAAACUCUUUCCAUAUCUAAAGCCAAUAUAUAUAGAAC